UGUGCUGGGGUGGUUUGAGGUGUUGCUGCAGCACAGGGUUUCCCCUCACCCUCUGCAUGGGCAGAGCUGCUCACUGCAGCGCGUUCGCUGUGGUUAAAGGCCAGGGGCUGCCUCGGCGCAGACAGUGCAACCACGUAUCGCGUCGUGACAGGACAGGAGAGCGCCCUGCGGGUGGACUGAGGCAGCUUCCACGGUGGGACAGCCUUCACCAUGAGCUCUUUCAGUCUCAUAUGGCAGCAAAAACAGCUGGUAUGCCCUCCCAACUGCCUGACAGUGAACAGAACCAAAAAAAAGAUAAUACUCGUUCUUUAACCAUGUCUGGCCAUGUGGGUUUUGAGAGUUUGCCUGAUCAGCUGGUCAACAGGUCGAUUCAGCAAGGCUUCUGCUUUAAUAUCCUCUGCGUGGGGGAGACUGGAAUUGGAAAAUCAACGUUGAUUGACACAUUGUUUAAUACUAACUUUGAAGACCAUGAGUCCUCACAUUUUUACCCACAUGUUAGACUUAAAGCUCAGACAUAUGAACUCCAGGAAAGUAAUGUUCGCCUGAAAUUGACCAUCGUGAAUACAGUGGGCUUUGGUGACCAGAUAAACAAAGAAGAGAGCUACCAACCGAUAGUUGACUACAUAGAUGCUCAGUUUGAGGCCUAUCUCCAAGAAGAACUGAAGAUUAAGCGCUCUCUGUUUAACUACCAUGACUCCCGCAUCCACGUGUGCCUGUACUUCAUCUCGCCGACGGGCCACUCCCUCAAGACCCUGGAUCUACUGACCAUGAAGAGCCUUGACAGCAAGGUGAACAUUAUACCAGUGAUUGCCAAAGCAGAUGCAAUUUCUAAAACUGAAUUACAGAAGUUUAAGAUCAAGCUCAUGAGUGAACUGGUCAGCAACGGUGUUCAGAUAUACCAGUUCCCAACAGAUGAUGAAACUAUUGCCAAAAUCAAUGCUUCAAUGAAUGGACAUCUGCCAUUUGCUGUGGUAGGAAGCAUGGAUGAGGUGAAAGUUGGAAAUAAGAUGGUCAAAGCCCGCCAGUACCCUUGGGGCAUCGUACAAGUGGAGAAUGAGAACCACUGUGACUUUGUCAAGCUCCGGGAGAUGCUGCUUUGCACAAACAUGGAGGAUCUGCGGGAUCAGACCCACACCAGGCACUACGAGCUGUACAGGCGCUGCAAGCUGGAGGAGCUGGGCUUCACGGACGUGGGCCCAGAGCAUGAGCCGCUCAGCCUCCAGGAGACCUAUGAAGCCAAAAGACACGAAUUUUAUGGUGAACGCCAGAGGAAGGAGGAGGAAAUGAAGCAGACGUUUGUGCAGCGCGUGAAGGAGAAGGAGGCCAUGCUGAAAGAGGCGGAAAGAGAGCUGCAGGCCAAAUUUGAGCACCUUAAGAGGGUCCACCAAGAAGAGAGGAUGAAGCUUGAAGAAAAGAGAAGACUUUUGGAAGAAGAAAUAAUUGCGUUCUCGAAGAAGAAAGCUACCUCUGAGAUACACCAGAACCAGUCCUUCAUGGUCCCGGGCAGCAGCCUGAGGAAGGACAAGGACCGGAAGAAGCUCAGUAACGCCCAGGUUCUGGAAGGUGGGAGCGGAGUCGGAGAGGCCCUGCGGGCAGGCAGCCUGUCCUCCAGAGCCCGGCCAGUGCUUCAGCGCUGAGCACUAGCCGAGGAGGACAGCCCAGAAGCUCGUGACCGUGUCGCCUGCUAAAUCAAACUGUGUGCAAACAGCUAUCCUGAACUUUAAUAAAGUUACUUUUAAAGGCCAGACCAAUUGUUGGCAUGUUAAAACAAAGUUCUUCAAGUUCCUAGUUGAAAGCACGAUGGAAACCUGCCUCAGACUCUGACCUUGAGAGAAGGGCCGUCACUUGUGCUGCGAGUGACUCUGUUCUGAGGAAGGCUCCCUGCAAAUGCACCACCGCAGUGUGACCCUUUGUCUCACGUCUCUGGGAUUCCAUGUAAGAUUUUAUUUAAAAGAGUUGCACUGCAAAGGAAAAAAAUUUAAACAACUGUACUACAGGCAGACCUCAGGGCCAGGCCACCCAGUAAAG